AUGGCUGAAAAGAUUUUGUUAGAAUGUUAUGAAAAGAAUCUAAACUCAACUGAAGACACUAUAUGUCAAAACAUUUCAAAGGAAAUUAAAUGGUAUACAAUUGAUAAAGACAUGAUAACAGCUAAACUAGCUUAUUUAUUUCUUGGGGCAGAAAGAUCAUCAGUUUUACCUUAUAUAGCUGUAUUUUUGACAAGUGUGGGUCUAACCAUUGAAGAUACUGGAACUGUUUUAUCUUUGUCAUACGUAGGCAUUACGGUUGGAAGCUUGUUUUGGGGAAUAAUGGCAGAUAAAACCCGCUCAUAUAAAACUAUAUUGGUUAUUUUAUUUGUUAGUUACGGGGCAAUAAACUUGGCAAUUCCUUUAAUAAGCGCUAAAGUUGGCUGGAAAAAGUUAAAUAAAUGUCCUUUGGAAACUAACAAAACUUAUAAUGCUACGUUACCAGAAGAACCACUAGGUCAUUCAACGCAAUUAACUUUAGUAAUGAGCCUUUUGUUUUUUUCUAGUUCAUUUUUCGGAGGGAGCAUUUUUACUAUGGUCGAUGCUGCUGUUAUUCAAAAAUGUAAAAUAUCUAAAAGAAAAGCUAACUUUAGUAAACAACUUCUUUUUAUUGCAAUUGGCUUCGGAAGUGCAACAACAAUAUCAGGAAAAGUUUUAGAAAUAUUUCCCAAUGCAAAGGUGUCGUGUUAUUUUGCUGUCUAUGUUGUAUCUGCCGUAUUUUUGUUUUGUGGAUGCAUUAGCUCACUAUAUGUGUACAAAGGUGUUCAAAUGCCUCCGAAGCAAGUAAAAGAAAAUAUACGAAAAGAUUUAUGGAAAAUGUUAAAAAAAAUUGACGUAAUUUUUUUUUUAAGUACUGUUUUAAUAAAUGGAAUUAUGUACAGUAUUUAUUUAAACUACUUUUUCCUCUUUCUAAAACAAUUAAACUCAGCUAAUAUUAUAAUCGGAUUGACUGUAGCAACCGGUUCAUUUUCUGGAAUAAUUGCGUUGUUUUUUACAUCGUGGAUCAUAAAAGUUCUGUAUGGAACGUUUCAUACAAUGUUGUUUUCAACCGUUCUAAUGUCAUGCCGAUUUUUAGCAUUUACUUACCUGAGAAAUUCUUUGUUAGUUAUACCAUUGCAGCUUAUUUUACACGGCUGCAGCAUGUCUUUAUUUUUAUCGGUAAAAACCGAACAUUUAAAAAUUAUAAGCCCAAAAAACAUUCUUUCAACUAUGUUAGGCAUGACUUCGUCGAUAUUUUUUGGAAUAUCAAUGAUAGUAGGUAGCAAAAUAGGAGGAAGCUUAUAUGAAGCCUACGGCGCCCGUACACUAUUUUUCUGUACAAGUACAUUUGGUUUCUUAUGGUCAAUAUUUUUAGGAACUUUUUUAAUAUUAAAUAAAUAUCGAGCUAAAAAAAAACUAGCAACGGCUGCAUUAUGUAAAGAAGUGUUACUUUAA